UCUUUCUAGUUGGCCAUGAAUUGAUACUAAAAGGUUAAACUGGAACAUUAACUGCAAUUGGGAAGUUUUUUAGAAUUUUUUAAAUUAACUUAUAAGUUAUUUAAUUUAAUGGUUAUACAACACAAUGAGAGAAAUCGUGCAUAUUCAAACAGGCCAAUGCGGGAAUCAAAUUGGAGCCAAGUUCUGGGAGGUAAUUUCUGACGAACAUGGGAUUGACCCCUGUGGCACAUAUCACGGAGAUUCCGAUCUGCAGCUAGAAAGGAUAAACGUAUACUAUACUGAGGCCAAUGGAGGCAAAUAUGUGCCUAGAGCUAUUUUGGUUGAUCUGGAACCUGGUACAAUGGACGCAGUACGAUCAGGCCCGUACGGACAGAUUUUUCGACCAGACAACUUCGUGUUCGGACAAUCAGGUGCCGGUAAUAAUUGGGCAAAGGGUCACUAUACAGAAGGCGCGGAGCUCGUCGAUUCAGUUUUAGAUGUUGUAAGGAAAGAAGGAGAAGGAUGUGAUUGCUUACAAGGAUUCCAGUUGACACAUUCUAUUGGUGGAGGUACUGGUGCAGGUUUUGGAACAUUGCUUAUCUCCAAAAUCAGAGAAGAGUUCCCAGAUCGAAUUAUGAACACGUUCAGCGUCGUACCGUCUCCUAAAGUAUCUGAGGUUGUUGUAGAACCCUACAAUGCAACGUUAUCUGUACAUCAACUGGUAGAAAAUACCGAUGAAACAUUUUGUAUUGACAAUGAGGCUCUGUAUGAUAUUUGUUUCCGAACACUGAAGUUAACAACACCAACAUACAGCGAUUUGAACCACUUAGUAUGUGCAACAAUGUCAGGAGUCACUACCUGUCUUCGGUUUCCCGGCCAACUAAAUGCAGACUUGAGAAAAUUGGCUGUGAAUAUGGUACCGUUUCCUCGUCUGCAUUUUUUCAUCCCCGGUUUCGCACCAUUGACGUCUCGUGGUAGCCAGCAGUAUAGGGCUCUAACAGUUCCAGAAUUGACACAGCAAAUGUUCGACGCUAAGAACAUGAUGGCAGCGUGCGACCCUCGUCACGGUAGAUAUUUGACCGUCGCUGCUAUUUUCAGAGGUCGAAUGUCAAUGAAGGAGGUAGAUGAACAGAUGAUGAACGUUCAAAAUAAGAACUCAUCUUAUUUCGUGGAGUGGAUCCCAAAUAAUGUGAAGACCGCAGUGUGCGAUAUCCCGCCACGUGGUCUGAAAAUGUCAGCUACUUUUAUUGGGAAUUCUACUUCGAUUCAAGAACUGUUCAAGCGUGUCUCGGAGCAGUUUACUGCUAUGUUUAGACGUAAAGCUUUCUUACACUGGUAUACUGGAGAGGGAAUGGACGAGAUGGAAUUUACUGAGGCGGAAAGCAAUAUGAAUGACUUGGUAUCGGAGUACCAACAAUAUCAAGACGCUACGGCUGAGGAAGAAGGCGAGUUUGAGGAAGAAGGAGAAGCUGGUGAUGAAGGAGACUAGCUUGUGUGAAUUUGUAUAAGAAUCGAGCUUUUGUACUUAACGUU